UGUAGCCGAUCGACAAGCUACCAUUAUUCCAUUAAUGCCUAAGGGGAGGAGGGGCUGAGCCAUCUCCCAUAAGAGGCGCACACACCGAAAGGCAUAGCUCGAGCUCGAGUCAGGCAUCAACUGGCAAGUUCGAAGCACCGCCUCCUUCCCAUGGAGCAGGCGAGGAGGAAGAGUUCACGGUCAUGGACGGCGGCCGUGGCCCUGGUGUCACUCUUUGCCGUAGUCGCCGUUGCCGCGGCGGGGGCGCCGGUGCCGAGGAGGAUCCUGGUGGACACGGACAUGGACACCGAGGACCUCUUCGCGCUGCUCUACGUCCUCAAGCAGGACCGGUCCAAGUUCGACGUCAAGGCCAUUACCAUCAACGCCAACGCAUGGAUCGACGCCGGCCACGGGAUCAACCAGCUCUACGACAUCCUCUACAUGAUGGGCCGCGACGACAUCGCCGUCGGCGUGGGCGGCGACGGAGGCAUAUCGGACGCCGGCGAGAUACACCCCGACGUCGGCGGCUACCUCCCUCUCAUAGACCAGGUCCUAAAUCUCCCUAGGCAAUCAGGUCGCUUUAACAUCAGUAAACAGUUCCCAUUUUACAGAGAAGUCCUUUAUAAGCCAGAUUUCAUGAACGUGAGCAGGGGAAAGCCAGUUAUUUUUGACAUGGACAUGAGCCCUGGAGAUUUUAUUUCCCUUAUAUAUCUAUUGAAGACACCAAGAGAAGCUAUAGAUGUAAAGGGGGUUUUGGUCAACGGCAACGGCUGGGCGAACAUCGCAACCAUCGAUAUCGUUUAUGACAUUCUACAUAUGAUGGGCCGCGAUGACAUUCCAGUUGGCCUUGGCAAUACCACUGCAUUGGGCAACCCAACCCUUGGUUGCGACAAUGCCUAUGCUAUUCCCGUGGGCAGUGGUGGAUUUAUCGACUCAGAUACAUUGUAUGGACUGGCUCGGUUAUUGCCAAUAAGCCCUAGAAGGUACACUCCUGAAAGCUCAGAUGAUCCGGAGCAUCGGCAGCCACUGGCUUUUGAAGUGUGGCAGUCUGUCAGGAGGCAACUUUGUCCAGGUGACAAGAUAACUCUUCUUACCAGUGGACCUCUCACCAAUUUGGCCAACAUUUCACUCUCUGACAGGGAUGCAAGCUCUGUGAUAGAGAGAGUUUAUGUUGUUGGAGGGCUCAUCAGAGAUGGAGGUCAUGAGAAGGGGAAUGUGUUCACUGUUCCAUCGAACAGAUACGCAGAGUUGAACAUGUUUCUUGAUCCUCUGGCUGCAAAAACAGUCCUGGAAUCCAAUCUGAAUAUCACACUCAUUCCCCUUGCAGCGCAACGAAAAGCUGCUUCAUUUGAGUCUGUCCUGGAAGCCUUGGAGCAAACCCAGCAAACUCCCGAGUCAAAGUUUGUCCGAGAGUUAUUUGCAUUAUUGAAGGAACUUCGGAUCAAAGAGAAGCUCUAUCAUCAUGUGGAUAUAUUUUUGGGAGAAGUUCUUGGUGCGGUUUACAUGGUUCAAGGAUCUGACCUGAAAUCGACAGUAAUGCCCAAGCGAAUAAGCGUCGUUGCCAACACAACGAAAAGCACAGAUGGGCAGAUUGUGAUCAGCAAUCAGAGUUCAAAUCUGGUGCAUGUGUUAAGUGAUUUCAAUGGUGAUAUAUAUUACAAUCGAUUGGCAAAUUCUUUAGCGAACAAGAAGCAAUCCGCCAUUAUUGCGAACUUCGAAGAACAAAAGGCAAUUUGGAGCAGGCUGCCAGAUAAUUCAGGGCCUAAACAUACCAAAUUCUUAUAGUAGUACUGCUACAAGGGAAUAAAGAUUACUGCCAAAAGCUCCACCUGGAGCACAGAAUAUUUAAUCGUCUUAGCAAAAUAAAAUAAAAAAUAGGUGGGCUCCAUUGAUUCUGGCACUAGAGAGAAAGCAAUAUCAUCAUAAAUUUAAGAGGGGAAGAAGCAUUGCCUCUAAAUUGCAAACUUCUGCAUUUGUAUUAAUAUGUAAAGGUUCUAGCUUACAGACAAUCCAUGACUUUACA